UACCAGGUUCCCAUUCCCACUUUCUAGCUGCCCAUGCAGCAGCUGAGGUCAUGCCUGGGAGGCGAGCAAAGGCACUAGGGAGAAAUUAAGCCUCCAGGACCCUGAGGCCUUAAUGGUGGUAAACACCUCCACAAAAAAACUGGCUCCAGGAGGCACCAGCCGGAGGCUUGUUAAUCAUUCACCAGCACCCUAGCACCGCAGGGAAAAGCCUGUGUGCGGCUCCAGCCCAGGGCUUCCCGGAGUCCUGGGCUUCCUGCGCUCUGGUGGGGGCCUCCCGGUCUACAGGUCAGCAGCUGGACAGAGAGGAGAGAGAGGCAAGACCCAGCCACGGGUGAGGCGGACGGUGGCUUGAGGCAAAGGUCCUGGAUCCGGUCUCCUUCUCCACCCUACCCCAAGCCUGACUUCUCUGAGGACGCCAGAACAUAGGUACCCUGAGCAACCCCCAAAACGACAUCACAAAAGAACAGAACGCAGCUGAAGAGGUUCACAUGGACAAACUGAUGACAAAGCAGGACAUCUGGAAUGAUGAGUUCUGGCAGAACCCCUGGGACCAGGGAGGCCUGGUAGUGAUCAUUUUAUUCAUCACCACGAUCCUGUUUCUCAUUGUGUUUGCCAUUGUAUUUGGUUUUCUCCCUCCGCUUGAGAACAUCAACCAGUGUGAAGAGUUGUGACCUGACUUUCUGGAGGCCAAGAAGGGGACCACCUGUUAGAUACUCUCGAAACACCAUGUACGUUUUCUUCAAAGCCUUUUCAGAGUCUGCAAUUAUACACUUUUAUUAAUGUAAUUAAUUAAUUUGUUAACUCAUAUUAUCUGAUAAGUGCCUGCCUUCCCCACUGGACCGAACACCACAAAAGCAGGUGAUGGGUUUCUGCUCACCAUUGUAUGCCCAUAUCCGAUGUGUCUCACAUACAGUCCAUUUCAAACAAUAUUUGCUGGUUGAAUAAAUGAAUGAAUGAAUGAAUAAACGAGCAAACAAAUGGA